AAAACAGAGCAACCUCCUCAAAACACACACACACACAAAGCUUCCUUUCACCUCGAUUUCAAUUACUAAUUUAAGAAAACAAUUCCAAGGUCGGAGAUGGAAAGAGACGGUAUCAACGUGGCGGAGAUGAAGCCGAAGAAGCGUGCAGGACGACGUAUCUUCAAAGAGACACGUCACCCAAUCUACAGAGGCGUCCGACGUAGGGACGGCGACAAAUGGGUCUGCGAAGUCCGUGAACCGAUCAACCAGCGCAGAGUCUGGCUAGGAACUUAUCCCGUAGCGGAGAUGGCCGCGCGUGCUCACGACGUGGCGGUUCUCGCCUUACGCGGGAAAUCCGCGUGUUUGAAUUUCUCCGACUCUGCUUGGCGGUUGCCGGUGCCGGAAUCAACCGAUCCGGACACGAUCAGGCGCACGGCGGCUGAGGCGGCGGAGAUGUUUAGGCCGCCGGAGUUUAGUACCGGAAUCACUGUUUUGCCCUCGUCAGGUGAGUUUGAAACGUCGGAAGGAGAAGGAGUCGCUGGGAUGAUGAUGAGGCUCGCGGAGGAGCCGUUGAUGUCGCCGCCGAGAUCGUACAUUGAUACGAAUACGAGUGUGUACGCUGAAGAUGAAAUGUGUUACGAAGAAUUGUCACUUUGGAGUUACUAAAGACAAAAACAAAAGUACGUAUUCUUCGAUACGUAUAUGUAAUGUAUGUAUGUGUGGGUAAGUAACAUAGACUUCUGAUGAGGGAGAUAGAAGGUUCUAUUUGGUGUUGUGUGAAGCAAGUCUUUGUAAAUGGUUUGCUUUGCUUUUUCGCAUAUUUUGCUAAAUAAAAUGGGCGUAAUGAUGGACUUAUAGAUAAUGAUAGGUCCAGCCUAUGUUGUAUGUAAGUUUAUUUUCUUGGUUCACCUAAGUUUCCUAGGGUUUUUACCUUCAUGUACUGUCAACUUAGUAGUAUGUAAUGUGUAGAAUGUUUAUUAAGCUGUAUGAUGAUAUAUAA